UCGUUUUCUCUUAUCAUACUAAAUGUUUUCAUCAAUAUUCGCUGUGAAGGCACUUUCAGUAACUUCCGUUGCAUUAUCUCCUCGUAUAUGCGGUUAUAGGAAGCCACCAAACGGUCAUAGAGAGCUUUUGAAGUGUAAUUUGUACAAGUUUCAGAAUACCUUGUGGGGCUUUAGUCUAAAAAAGUUUAGUGUUAAGUACAGGACGUUAUUGGUGUGUAGUUAAAUGAUUUUCUAAAGCUUUCCAAUAAGCUUUUUGGAGAACGUUCUUUUUUUCGAGGAAUAUUGGAAAAAAUGGAACAAACUUUUCUUUAAUUAAAGAAUCCUAGUUUUACACUGAAGCUACCAAAAUAUCGAGCUCACAGUCGUUCAACAACUUCAAACAUUCCAGGUCUCUAGAUGGCAGGUUACCUUGUCGGUAGUUAUACUUUUGAAGCUUGAAAAAGGUGCUUCGUCAGAAAAAGACUUGGUGUUUUAGUGGAAGCUUGCUUUUGAAUUUUCUUUCUGAUGGAAAGAUUACAGAGUUGCCAUACUAUGAGCUCUGCUGCAACGACGACUGUUAUAUUUGUUAAAGGAACAAGGCAUGAACUAUGAAGAUAGAUAAUGAUCCUGUUCCGAUUUCCCGAAGACACUCAUGUACCAGGGAGGCAAAAAACUGUAAGGUUUCGACGCUUCCGACGCUAAAAUUACA